UAGGGUUGGCGUAGAUGUGCAUAGUUUUUGAGAACGUUUUCUUUCGUUAAGAAUCCAUUACUGUUGCCAGCUUCUUUAUAAAUUUGAGGGAUAAGGUUCACAGUAAGACAAAAGAAAGCUUACAGGAUUUGCCCAUUCUCUUCAAAAUGGCCGAAGCUGCACCAACCACUGAGACCACUUGCAAGAUUAGACAUAUACUCAUCGAAUGCCCAAUCUGCCUGAGUCGAUUCACCGAUCCGAAAAUCCUGGACUGCCAGCACAGUUUCUGCUUAAAGUGUCUCCAUGAACUUGUAGACAAGCAUAAUCCGAAGACGGCUCUUAUUAUUUGUCCAGUGUGUAGAAAGAAAACUGCAAUCCCAGAUAAGGGAGUGACGGCUCUUCUUAACAGUUUUUUCUUGAGCUCGCUUAUCGAUGACGUCAUCAAUCUUGAAGGUGCGGAGGCGGACAUCAUUUCUCCUGUCUCUAUUUGCGAAGGAUGCGACGAAGGUCUUGACGCCGUCUCACGGUGUGUUGACUGUGAUGCGAACUUGUGCAAGACAUGUCAGGAAUACCAUGCGAAAUUAAAAAUGAACAGGCAUCACCAAAUCGUUGAUGUUGUAAGCUCGUCAAAUAAGCGACCCAAAGACAAGGACAAAUCUGAAUCUCCCAAGUGCAAGAAACACACUGACCAGGAACUGUGUUUUUAUUGUGACAAGUGUGAUUUGCUUGUGUGUCCUAAAUGUGCGGUGCUCGAUCACCGAACAAAAACCCACCAUCUCUCUGAAAUCAAUGAUUCCGUAAGAUCUCACCGUAAAGCUGUUGAUGAAGCCUUGAAGAAGUUUGAUGAGUGGCGGAGGCAAUUCCAGAAAGUGGAUGACUCUAUCAAACACUCACAGCAUAGAUUAAAGCUCAUGGUCGACCGGGCUCUUCAAGAUAUUUUGGCUAAGGAGGAAGGAGAAAUUGCUAAAAUAAGAAAUGCAUCUCGCCUCCUUCAAGAAAGAGUCAAUCAAAUCGGUCAAGAAAGAGUUGAGGAAUUUGAGAGCAUACAGAGCAGCAAUCGCGAUAAGAUAAGCCGUGCAGAGAAGAUCGUAGCUGCAGUCAAUUACUUGAUGCAACAUGCUGAUAACUUUGAGCUGCUGUACCUCAAGCCAAAGGUUAUGUACAACUUGACAUUCCACAAAGAGCUUCAGCUUCAAAAUGUGCAGCACAGCAAGUCAUUUGUUGGGUUCAAAGGUCAUGAUGUCGUCACUGAUAAUCUGGAUAUCGGUGAAAUACUAGAGGAAGAUAAUCUGGAAGUGAACACGGUGUUUGGUGGACGUGGAAAUGCUGAAGGGAAGUUUGAGUUUGCAGCGGACGUUGCUUGUUUUAGCAAUGGUGACAUUGUCGUCGCUGAUACAAUAAGGCAGCUAUUAUCCACGUUCACAUCAAAGGGUGAUUACAAAUCUACAGAUGUUCAAAGUGGAACAAGGAAUGGCUACAUGAAAUUACAUUUUGGUGUUGCUGUGACCUCUGAUGACCUGCUGCUAGCUACUGACGGACAGGAUGUAAAGGUUUAUGAUAGAGAACUGCGAUAUAUCCGUCAGUUCAGACCUUCCCGGAAUAAAGCCAAUGGGAAGUCGGGGAGUCUACUUCGUGGUAUCGCCGUGGACGAGAAAGAUCGGAUUGCAGUGGCUGACUGUGAGAGAAAGGUUAUAACUCUCCAUAAGAAAGAUGGUAUAAUCUUUCGCACAAUAUAUCAUGGCGAUAUUGGUCGGAUCUGUCGUCUGUCUGUUAGCAGCAAGGAGCGUGUGAUUUUUACAAACUACGACGAGAUGAAAUUAGUUUGUGUAGAUUUCAGGGGAAACGAGGUGUUCAAUAAUAUCAUCACCUCCGUUGACGGCAAUCCUGUCAAACCUGACGGUGUGUGCUGCGACGAUGCUGGAGACAUGUAUGUGUCUGUUCAUUGCGGUGAACGGGGACCUUGUGAGAUACAUCAUUACGAUGCAUCAGGGGAGCACAUCGGCCGUGUAGCUCGUGACUUGUUUAAUCCUGCGGGAAUGUCGUUGACUCAUACUGGUGACUUCAUCGUUGCUGAUAGAUACACGGCCAAGAUCUUGCAUCGCGUGUGAACUGGUAACAAUGACGUACGUCUUGGUCGAAAAUGAUACAUUUGGAAGGCAAUUACAUAUUACAAAUUUAAACUUAUCGUAAGUGAAUGUGAGGCUUCGUCAUGGAUAGUCUGUUUUUCAGACAAAUACACGUACUACACGUUAGUGUUCGGCCAAAUGGAACCUACAAACAAUUUCUUCAUAAAACGUUAACAACAUAUCUGAAGAACUAGUGUGCACCUGCUCAACACAUUGCACGGCGACCCGUGGACAUUGGGAAUUCCCUUCAAAUUCGGAAGCAGAAUACGUCGUUUGGAAAGCUUUUCAUUGUUUUAAUUCAUUAUUAUUUAGGCCCCUACAACAAUAUAAAUUAGACAUUUGGUGUUUGCACAAACACAAAGCUGUUGCGUGUUGGUUUGCUUGGAUUGUGUGCUUCAAUGACCAACAAUGGGUCUAUCUAGAUUUGUAUAGACUCCUUGGGGCAUGGAGAUUUUUUUUUAACAGUGACCUCAAGUUUACCUCUACUAUAACUGGAGAAAAAAAAAUAGGUUGUGUAUUUCUUGAGGUCACGGUUUUUCAAAAUUAAUUUCCCAUGCACCAAGGAGUCUAUAUAAAGUUCUUUAAACAGUUUAAAAAUCGGCCGUGUACUUCUUGAGAUUUGGUGCUGCUAACAUUUCCUAAUUAAAUAUGCAAAUGAGAGUCACGUCACACGUGGUUAAUUAAUUAAGAAUUUCAAAAAUUUGCACAUCCGGAAUUAAGAGAAAAACUUACCGUGUUUUGACUCCCAAUAAGGUACACGAUGGUCCAAUCUACCUCCAUGGUCCAAUCCAAUGUCUUUAGACGAAAACCCUAUUAGAACGUACCUUUUAAUAAUCCUCUUUCCGUUUAGGAUUCCCUUUUUCAAGGCUGUCUUCACAUAGCCGUGAUUGCACAAUCACGGCACAAUUUGCCAGCUAGCAAUAGGGCCUGAUUUCUCUUUUAGUCGUUAAAUAUCUUGUAAAUAAAUUGUAUAUUGAUUAGUUUUGAUGGUGUGGAUUAACUCUUAGUGAAAUAAUACGUGUUUAAAAACAACUCUCAUAAUUUUUUCAUUGUACAUGCCUUUCCUACUCCUGCCGAUAGGGGGCGCUCUAAGGAGACAUAUCAACUCAAUAUGGGAGAUUUAUGCAGUGUCAAGCUAAAACUUCCCCUCAAAGAUCACAUAGGCCACCCAUGAACCCACUUUAGAACACGCCCAGCUUGAUGGCUCUGCUUUGAACCAAACUCUGCAUACAAUCGCCAUUCUCUGCUUCCUGUGCAAGCGCUGAGAUUUCUGAAAUGUCUGCGAAGCAAAGAUUACGUAUGACGAGUUUCCCCGCGCACAAGCAAAACUAUUUCUGCUAAGCUGUGAAAUUCGCUUUAUGUAAGCGCACAAUUUGCUUACGGCAAAGCAGAUUCAUGUUUUUGGUUUCUGUUUGAAAAUUUACUAAAUUGUAAUUUGUUUCCUUGGAACUGCUUGUGGCUUCCUUCAAAGCCCUUUUGAAGACCCACUUUUUUAAAAAUGUUUGUACUGCCUUCCAGGUUUUGGUUACUGUUUGGUUUAAGUUUAAGUUUACUCAAAUUGUAAUUUGUUUGCUUAGAACUGUAGUUCAGCUAACUUCUUUGACAUUUAACUUACAUUAACUUAAAGUUACCUAGAAAUAUAAUUGUUUUCAAACAUUAGAGUAUAAUUAUGUUUAUGAACAACAAAAUAAUUGAGUAAAUGUCAGACUCGACAAUAUAGAAAUCGUGUAACUGAAAGACGGACACAAAAUAACGUUCACUCGACACUAAUUAAACUUCAAAUAUUCUUAUUAAAUAAAUCUUGGGGGUACUUACAAUAUUUCCAACAUAAUCAAGGUAUAAACUGAAAUUAUGGCUUCCGGACUUUCGGGUCGCCAGUAACUGUUGGUUGUAUUAGCUCACAACAUCAAAUAAACUUAUGAAUAAUAUGCUUUACAGAAUGGUUCUUGUGCUCCUUCUCACAUCAAGGUCUAAUUAUCGCACAACAGUUACAAUAAAUAAAUCAAUGUAUAAUCGUC